UUCAGUCUGCUUAAAUCCCCUCACCUCUACGUUGGAUUCGGCCAUUUCAAUUGCACCGGCAAACAACAGCGAACAAGUAGCGGGACGCGAGUGAAAACACCGGAAUAUGACUGAACAAGCUAUUUCCUUCGCCAAGGACUUCUUGGCUGGUGGUGUUGCCGCUGCCAUCUCCAAAACAGCUGUAGCCCCCAUCGAAAGAGUCAAGCUUCUCCUCCAGGUACAACAUGCAAGCCAGCAGAUUGCAGUUGACAAGCAGUACAAGGGCAUCAUUGACUGCGUUGUCCGUAUACCUAAAGAGCAGGGCUUCAUCUCGUUCUGGAGAGGAAAUCUGGCCAACGUCAUCAGAUACUUCCCUACUCAGGCCCUCAACUUUGCUUUCAAGGACAAGUACAAGAAGGUUUUCCUUGACGGCGUAGACAAGCGCACACAGUUCUGGAGAUACUUUGCUGGCAACCUGGCAUCUGGUGGCGCUGCUGGAGCCACAUCUCUGUGUUUUGUCUACCCUCUCGACUUUGCCAGAACGCGUCUGGCUGCUGAUGUUGGCAAAGCUGGAGCUGAGCGUCAAUUCAGCGGCCUGGGAAACUGCUUGGUGAAGAUCACCAAAUCUGAUGGCAUCAGGGGUCUGUACCAAGGCUUCAAUGUAUCAGUACAGGGUAUUAUCAUCUACAGGGCUGCUUACUUUGGCGUCUAUGACACAGCAAAGGGCAUGCUCCCAGAUCCCAAGAACGCACACAUUAUUGUCAGCUGGAUGAUUGCUCAGACUGUGACUGCAGUUGCUGGGUUUGCGUCCUACCCCUUCGACACUGUCCGUCGUCGUAUGAUGAUGCAGUCUGGACGCAAAGGAGCUGACAUCAUGUACACCGGCACCAUUGACUGCUGGAGGAAGAUUGCACGUGAUGAGGGCGGCAGGGCCUUCUUCAAAGGAGCAUGGUCUAACGUGCUCCGAGGCAUGGGUGGCGCCUUUGUGCUCGUCUUAUAUGACGAGUUUAAGAAAAUCAUCUAAACUGUUUUUGUAUGUCCACUGUUCAUGUUGUGAAACUUAACUGUAACAUAUCUUGUACAUUUGGAAGGACUUGUACACCGUGCUGUAUUUAUAGGGACCAACUAGUAUUUUCUGCUAGUUGUACCAUGCUUUUUGUUUUGUCCAUCACUAGAAUGUCAUUCCUUGAACACAGGACCCUUACUGGAAAAAGAUAAAUAAAGGCAACCUCCUGAGUGAA